AUCUCCCUUCUGUUGCAUCUAGAUUUAUAGAAGAAGAUAUGAUGGCAUUUAAUGCGACCUUCAAACCAGCAGAUGAGUAUGGGAGCGUCAUACCUGAUGUUGAAGCCACGAACCUUCCAAGUCAAUACCUUCUUCCAAAUAUCGGUCGUGAUGUUCUCAGAGAGGAAAAAUUCGAUGUUAACAAGCUUAAUACUACAGACGGAUAUGUAAAGCAGUUAUUUUGGUCUCUAAACAGAGUUGUCACAAAUGUAGGUGUCAAUAUAGGUACAGAGGAAUCUAAGACCAACUCAUUAGUAAAUCUUCUGUUACUUCGCGCAUGUGGAUUUGAUGAGUGGCCAUUUGGUAUUAGAAUCAAAGAAAAAUACAGGCUGAUGGUUGAUGACAAGAAAGUGAUUGCAAAUCCUGACUUUGUGGUGGAUAUGGGUAGAGUUACUAUUUUAGUAAUAGAGGAUAAGCAUUUGAAAAAUGUUUCACCACCUGACUAUGGAGAAGCACAAAUACUUGCAGAGAUACUUGCUUGUGGAUGGGAAAAUUGGAAUCUAGCUGGAAGAAUUAUUGAUCAGACUAUUUAUGCAAUCCGUGUCAUCUCAUCAUAUGUGACAUUUUACAAAGCUGAAAUUCCUGAAGCAUAUUGGAAAGAACUCAGGAGAGGCUUGCCACGAAAGGAAUCAAUUGAGAUCUUAAGAUGGCCAGGGGAAAAUGAUAGAGAAUCUGGUCUAGAUUUGGCAGUACCAGAAGGGAGGCAUGCAGUAUUAGAAGCAAUGAUCAAAAUCCGCCAAUUUCUUUUGCAAUCCACUUCUUCUACUACCACUACUUCCACUGCAAUAGUACUCACAGAGUAG